CGGGACCUGGAGUGGGGACGGAGCCUGCUCCCGGCUGCUCUACGCUGGCAAACAACGCGGAAGCGCGUCUGCAGCUGCGGUUCUCCUCCGGGCUGGUCCGCACCGGUGAGCUGCGUGCCCAGCUGCUGAGCGAACUUCCUCAGCAGCCCUUCAAUGUGACCGGUCUCCGCCCGCUGAGACUCUGCAACCCUGGCACGCACCCAAGGGGCAACCAGGCAACGGCCGCCCUCCUUUCCUUCAUCGGUCCCGUAGGCUCCUGAUGAACAUUGAGCAUGGCCCCUAAAUCUUGCCAGGAGUCUGAAGAUGAGCAGGUGCCCCUGGCCCCAGCAGAUGUAAAGCCAGUCACCAGUGACCUGGGGCCCCCAGCUGGCACAACUGUGGACACAGUGGCUCCUUCGUGUCCCCAGAGCACCAAGCCCUAGAGCACACCUAUACCAGUGUUCUGCUCUGUAAAUCAUCAGUUGGCCCUGGAGACCCUGGACCCCCGCACCCUGCAGCUCUUGUGGGAACAAAGAGAACUGGAGAUCCAGGCACUUCGGUGGGCAGUGCAGAAGGGUCAGAAUACCCAAUACUGCCACAUCCUACAGGAGGUGGCAGGGAUUCCCCCUGAGCGGAGCCUCAAAAGUCAAGACAAGUUCCUGCAGAAUCAGGUCCAGAAGCUGACCCUGGAGCUGAAAGCACAGAAGGAACAAGCUCAGCUGGUGGUUACUGCAGAUGUUCUAAGAGACUUCAGUGACUCUUCUGAGAAUGAUGAGACUUCUGUUGCUGGGGAGAUGCAGGCAUGGACCAGGAGCUUCAGCAGACAUGUGGAAGAUCUGCAUGAAAGCCAUUCACACUCUCUCACCAAGACUGUUCUGGAGCCCUUCGCAGACCCUGACCACCAAUAUGCAAGGCCUCAAUUAAAUCCAGUUGGCUGUUGCCUGAAGAUUGCUGCUGUGAAUUACCAAGAGAAGUUUGUCCGUAUCCUCAACCAGUCACAGGGGGAGACUGUAGAUCUGGGUGGCUUUGUGCUGCAGCAGCUGGUGAGGGACUUCCCUGUGUGCAUGUACCGCUUCCCGCCUGGCACCCUUCUGGCACCGCAGCACCACAUCACGGUGUGGGGCGAAGGGAGGAGCAGGACCAAGAAGCAGCAGCCAGUGUCCUUGGGCCAGGACCCCUUCCACUUUCAGUCCAGCCGAGGCUGUGUGACGCUGCUUGUGAACUCUCAGGGCCAGGUACUCGGUGAGCACCAAGCUACUCCCUGCAUGACCCUGGUCUCAAAGAUUUUCGAGGACAACACCGACUUGUCCAUCGACUGCUUCCCGCUCUCAGAGACCUGUCCUGAUGCAGAUUCCUACCAGCAGCAACGCAGGCCUUCACCCCCGCGCAAGGGCCGCACCCAAGUGGCUGGGGCCAGGCACAAGAGGCUGGGUGGACUGCAGCCCCCAGGACCUCGCCCCACCGUGACGUGUGAUAUCUUGCCGUUCCCGAGCACCCGCAAACUUCACCUGGGGGAAGCCCCUGCCCAACCCGAAGGGAGGAAGAAUGAGACACCUAGGCUCCCGCCUGCGCUCCCAGAGCGGGCCUGGAGGGUGCGCCAGGAAGACUCCCAGACUAAGCAGGAGCACAAGGUCCGGGUGUGUCGUAAAACCGUGGACCGGAGCUGUCCUGUGGUAGCCCUAUCAGUGCAGAGCACAGCUGAGAGCAGAUACGGUUUCCGCUUCCUCUGCUGCCCUCCCAUCACCGAGGAAGUAUGCAGGCCCUUGUAGGGCAGCCAGGCCAGGCAGGCAUUGCCAGCUGCAUAAUUUAUUGAACCAACUGUUGCUUACAAAGUAAAGCACAUUUCUGUACA